UUAUGGCAUCAAAGUACUUAUAAAAAUAUCCAGUUCCUGAAAAUUUUCACUAAAUUUUGCAUGAUUUUACAAGAGAAGUAUUUAAAUAACUAAAUAUAUUUUCACAGGUUUUAAGGGAUUAACCAGAUGAUAUUAUAAAAUAUGGUAUGGAAUAUUUUGAAUCUAUGAGAGAUGGAAAACCAUUUAACUUUUAAAGCAAAUACAAUAUAGCUAAAGGAUAGGCAAUAGAAAAGAAAUAUUAAACAACUAAACCUAAAGAUUACAUAGAAUAAAGCAAAAAAGUUGUUGAUAUAUCCAAUUUAAAAUAAGAUGUUGAAAGAAAAUCCUCAGCACCUGCUGUCUCAUCUGUGAGAUAACUUUCAGCAGGUUCUUAAGCUAGCUUUCCAGAAGAGAAGAAAGCUGCUGUAGAUUAUGUUAAUGAACUAUAUUAAAAAGUUGAACAUGAUAUCGAUUAAUUUGAAUCUGGUAAAAGUGAAACUUAAAAUGCUUUUUUCUAACCUCAAUUUGUAAUUAUAAUAAAAUUAUAAUUAGGAUGGUAAAGACUUAGAAAAAAUAAUAAAAAUAUAAGCUAGUGCCAAAGGAAUGUUAGUUAGAAACUAAUUAAAAUAAUAACAAUAAGAAGGUAAUAUGAUAUAAGAGGAAGAAGAAGAAGUUUAUGUAUAAGUGGCAUAAAAGCCACAUGAGGAUGGUGAAGAUUAAGAUAACCUAUAAGAUGAAUAAAUUGAAUGA